AUGGUGAUCAAACUGCAGUGGUAUGACAUCACCGUAACGUACAGGAAGGGAACUACCAUGUGUAUUUCAGACGCUUUAUUGAGGGCCUACCUACAGAAAAGCGAAAACGAUGACAGUGCUAAAGCAGAUAUGAUCUUGGACUAUUAUUCAAAGUACAUUGACGCUUAUGAACUCAAGUCAGAGACAACAACAGCGAUAAUAGAGGCCCUGAAAACAGUUUUUGCCAGCCAUGGACUUCCAGUAAUACUUCGUUCCGACAAUGGACCACAGUUCAGUUCCAAUACCUUCAAGAAAUUCUGUUCAGACCACGGAAUCGAACACGAAAGAAGUAGUCCCCACUUCCAAAGCUCAAAUGGCGAGGCUGUGAGAGCAGUACAAACCACAAAGUGCUUAUGGAUGAAGUGUGAAGACAAGCAGCUUGCUCUCUUCGGCUACAGGACAACAUCACUGGAAAACAUCCAUCUGUCACCAGCUCAACUCUUAAUGGGACGCAGACCAAGAAACGCAUUACCAGCAUCACAAGAUCUGCUCAAGCCGAGAACACACGACCUCACCAACAGGAAAACAACACUUAUAUACACAGAAAGCCAAACAGAAAUUUUAUUAUGA